AUGGGAUGUGCUUCAGGAGCUGAAAUAAAACAGAAUUCUAUAGUUUAAAUGAGAACAAGAAAUUAGGAUGUAGUCUUCACAUCCACAGAGGAUAUCUCUAAAAUUUAUUAAUUUGGUAAAGUACUUGGAGUAGGUUCAUUUGGUAAAGUCGUUACUGCUAGGAUGAUUAAAAAUCCUGAAAAGCAAUUUGCUAUAAAAAUUAUAGAGAGAGUAAAAGUUAAAGGUCGUGAAGAAGUAAUGGCCAAUGAAAUUUAUAUGCUGAAAAGAUUAGAUCACCCAAAUAUAAUUAAAUUUCAUGAAGUUUACUAAAACAAUUAAAAUUUUUACAUUUGUAUGGACUAUUGUAAAGGAGGAGAACUAGUUGAAUGGAUUCCUAAAAAAUACAAAAGCUUUCAUGAAUAACAUAUUCAAGAGAUAAUGAAAAAGGUUAUAACAAAUAAUUAAUUUAAUUUUAGAUUGUUUCUGCUGUGAGUUAUAUACAUGAUCAAGGAAUAGUGCAUAGAGAUAUUAAAGCUGAAAAUAUUAUGAUCACAUCAAAAAAAGAUGAUGGGGAGCCUAAAUUAAUUGAUUUUGGUUUAGCAAAUAAAUUUGAUACUUCACAUCUUAAGUAUCAUUAAUAUUAAAUUAAGACGUCUAAAAUCAUUUGCAGGAACUCCUAUGUAUAUGGCACCUGAAGUAAUUAAGGGAUCGUAUGAUGAAAAGUGUGACAUUUGGUCUUUGGGUGUUUUGCUCUUUACGUUACUUUCUGGUCAUUUGCCUUUUCAUGGAGAUACCAAAGAAGAAUUAUAUGAUAAUAUAUAGAAAGCAAAUGUAUCAUUUCAUUUACAAGACAGAUUUCAUUUGAUUCAGCAAUAUGGUCUCAUAUAAGUAGUGAAGCAAAGGACAUUAUUAAAAGAAUGCUUUCCAAACAACCAGGAUUAAGACCAACAUCAAAAGAAUUAGUCAAACAUAAUUGGUUCAAAAAACAGUUUAAGAAUGAUGAAAAAAAUUAAUCAGUAUUAAACAAUUCUCUCACUUCAAGUAUUGUUGAAAAUAGAUCUAUUUAUUCAUUAUUAAAGUAAAAUUAAGGAGGGGCUAAAUUUAAAAAAGAAGUUAAAACUCUUUUAAUCAAUUAAUUAAAUGAGACAGAAUUAAAUUCAUUAAAAGAAAUAUUUAAGAAGAUAGAUGUUGAUAAUUCUGGAACUAUUACAUUUUAAGAAUUAAAAGAAGCUUUGAAGGCUGAAGUAUCAAUUCAUUAUAACUCUAGGGUUCUCCAGCUACUUUUGAAGACAUAGAGAAAUUGAUAAAUAAUGUUACACCUCCUCAAACAAGUGAGGAAGUUGGAAAAAGGAAAAAAGAUUUUGUCAUUAAAUAUAGUGAAUUCUUGGCUUCUUGUAUUGAUGAAAGAAAAUUUAUAACAAAAGAAAAAGUAAAUGUUAAUCAUUAUUAAUAGUUAUCUUAUCUAUUUAAAAUAUUUGAUACAGACAAUUCAAAUUUUAUUACUAAAUAAAAUAUUAAAGAAGCAUUUGCAAGAAAUGGAAAAUAAAUAUCAGAUAAAUAAAUUGAUGAAAUGAUAGAUGAAAUUGAUCCAAAUCAUGAUAAUAAAAUAAGUUUUGAAGAAUUUUGUUAAAUGUUUGAUAAUGCAGGUGUUAAUAAAAACUUUACUGAAGAUGGAAGUAUGUAUACAUGA